AAAGAACUAAGACGACUUCCUGGUUUGGCUACUUGGAAGCUGCUUCUCCUUUACCCAGAAGUUGCACGACCAUGGCAACCUCCCCUCAGUGCUGGAUGUGCAUGUCAACAUCCCUGGGAGAAGCUCUGUGCCGGGAAAAAUGAAAGGCAGGAAGGCCAGAUGGUCCGUGAAGCCCUCGGACAUGUCCAACAAAACUUUCAAUCCCAUCCGGGCCAUUGUGGACAGCAUGAAGGUGAAGCCAAAUCCAAACAAGACCAUGAUUGCUCUGUCAAUUGGGGACCCUACUGUGUUUGGAAACCUGCCUACAGAUCCUGAAGUUACCCAAGCAAUAAAAGAUGCCCUUGACUCGGGGAAGUAUAACGGCUAUGCUCCCUCCACUGGCUACUUAUCGAGUCGGGAGGAGGUUGCUUCUUAUUACCACUGUCCCGAGGCACCCCUGGAAGCUAAGGAUGUCAUUCUAACAAGUGGCUGCAGUCAGGCUAUUGAACUUUGUUUAGCUGUGCUGGCCAACCCAGGGCAAAACAUCCUAGUUCCCAGACCUGGCUUCUCUCUCUACAGGACUCUGGCGGAAUCUAUGGGAAUCGAGGUCAAACCCUACAAUUUAUUGCCAGAGAAGUUUUGGGAAAUUGACCUGAAACAACUGGAAUCUCUGAUUGAUGAAAAGACAGCUUGUCUCGUUGUCAAUAAUCCAUCAAACCCUUGUGGGUCAGUGUUCAGUAGAAGUCAUCUCCAGAAAAUUUUGGCAGUGGCUGCAAGGCAGUGUGUCCCCAUCUUAGCUGAUGAGAUCUAUGGAGACAUGGUGUUUUCAGAUUCCAAAUUUGAACCUCUAGCCACCCUCAGCAGCAACGUCCCCAUCCUGUCCUGUGGAGGGCUGGCCAAGCGCUGGCUGGUUCCCGGCUGGAGGAUGGGCUGGAUUCUCAUCCAUGACCGAAGAGAUAUUUUUGGCAAUGAGAUCCGAGAUGGGCUGGUGAAGCUGAGUCAGCGGAUCCUGGGACCCUGCACCCUUGUCCAGGGAGCUCUGAAAAGCAUCCUGCAUCGCACCCCUCAAGAAUUCUACCACAACACUCUAAGCUUCCUCAAGUCCAAUGCGGAUCUCUGCUAUGGGGCAUUGGCUGCCAUCCCUGGACUCCGGCCCAUCCGCCCUUCUGGGGCCAUGUACCUCAUGGUUGGAAUUGAGAUGGAACAUUUCCCAGAAUUUGAGAAUGAUGUGGAAUUCACUGAGCAGUUAGUUGCUGAGCAAUCCGUCCACUGCCUCCCGGCAACAUGCUUCGAGUACCCAAAUUUCUUCCGAGUGGUAAUCACAAUCCCCGAAGUGAUGAUGCUGGAGGCCUGUAGCCGGAUCCAGGAGUUCUGUGACCAGCACUACCAUUGUGCUGAAGGGAGCCCGGAGGAAUGUGACAAAUAGGACGCAGUCCAUUCUCCUGAGUGUGUGUCCCAUCGGGCUGGGGAGAGCGGGACUGAGCCCUGCUGCUCCUCAGGUGCCCCUGCUGGGAGAGGGGCCUCACAAAUACCACGACAAGGGCUCAGAAUUGCUCCAGCUUUCCCCCAGCUGUAUCCACACACACACUCUGAACCCCAGAUUUCAUCGCACUCUGCUCUGCUGGAGUGACUCAUUAAUUCAUUAAUCCACCCCUAUGACUUCCAUCAAUCCAUCCUCCCAUAUGACUUCCUCCUUUUAGCUUGAGAGUACCAGGUGAACAAAGUCACCCAGGAAACGGUAGAGACAGGAAAAUUAAGAACUCAGGAUUAGAGAAUCAAAAGAUUGAGGGGAAGUUGUGCCCCCAACCAUUUCCUCUUACUCUAAGUAAGAACACAUUCUCUUCAGUCAGGUCUGAAGCCCAACUCUGUUACUGGCUCACUUCAGGUAUACAUCACUGUAUGCAAUAAUGCUAUAAUGAAAGAAGUUGGGGACACAUGUAUUUGGUUACUUCUAAACACAUUAGGAAAGCUUGCCAAUUUGAAGGAUCUCUUACAGAAACUUUUCGCUGAUUUUUUUUUUUUGUAGAGAAUUAUUUUGUGAUACAAAGAAAUUUAAUUGAUAGAGUUUCUAAAUGUAGAUAUAUGUGUAUCAGGCUUUCUUAAAAUGGCAGCGCAUCUGUACUAAAAAAAGGAGGAAUCAGAGGACCUUCCAGGAACGCUGCUGUGUAAGGGCCAGAAUUUUCUUCACUCGUCACUGUUAUAGAAUCAUUAUUACUUUUGCUGUAACGUUGAUAUUGAUUUAUUGAUAUAUAUGUAUAUUAUCUUUUCAUAUGUUUUCUAAGAAACAUUUAUAUUGAAAAGAUCUUUUAUUUUGCCAAGGGCAUAAAUUAUUGUUUUCCUUUUUCUUUUUUUUUUUAAUAAAUUUUACUAAGUAUUCUCUUCUGUGAUGUCAUUUUUCUCCUCUGUGGGGAAUUUCUAUCCCCAGGUGCUACUUAUUGCGCAGUCUGAUUGAUUUAUUACCCACUAGGUUUCAUUUAUUUCUUUGUAGAUGUACUGACAUUUGGAGUCACUUAAGAAACACUAUUCCUAAAAUAUUUUAUUUGGGAGCUCAACUUCUUGCUUGUACUUACAAACAAGACAAACUAAGAAGCAACAUUAUAAACACCUGGCCUCUGACUUCACACUUUCAACUUUUGGGAUCCCCACUCUCCAAUUGCCUACACUUGUCUAGAUCUACUAACCACUCACUGGGUAACAAGUUGAACUGGUUCAGCUAAUCAAGAGAAUGAGGUGUGUCCGGUGUGCUCAUCUUUCAGUAUGAGCUUUUUGUCUGCAAAUCCUCUUAAGCACGGUUGCCUAAUUUUUUCCUAACCAUUUCCCUUGGAGGAGGGAGCCUGAAGUUAUUUUGCAAGGUUAGGGGCAGGAAUAUACCAUAAUCAAUCUGAGAAUUCUUCACUAAGGGAUGUUUUCCUUAUCUAGAAUAGGAACUUCAAGUCUCAACUCUGCCAACCACACCCAAUUAAUUUCCUUUACAAAAAUAAACAUCAAACAUCCCCUUCCCAUCUAUGUCGGACUUCGGUGAACUAAAAUUUACCCUUCAAUUUUUUUCAGCAAAACCAAGAGGAAUAUACAAUGAUUGAGAUGAAAAACAUUUGUUUCCUGUAUGCCACUCCUGCCGAUUUUUCGAAAAUUCCUGGCUCCUCUUUUCCUGUACCUCUGGCCCCAACUCCCAAGG